UUUGUCCCAUCUGACGAUCCGUAGUUUAAAUCUCGGAAGUUCUCUUGUUUACGGAAUCAAACGGAAGAGCGAAGCUAAACGGAUUUAUAACGUUAGAUAACAGAUAGAAACUGGAUUACCAUCGCUACCAAACUUUCCUCACACUUACCGUAAACUACAUUAAUGCUAAAUAUUAUUAUUCUUUACGUGUCUGCUAAUUGUUUAUCGCAUAAUGGUCGGAAUCCGUAACGUCAACUCUGAAUCACAACUAGCAGGCUAGUGAGCUAACGUUGGCUUUAACAGCGAUUCUGCACUUUAAUAACAUCAUAUUUGGUUUAAUAGACGUAAACAAGAAGUAAAUACGGACCAGACAACAUACCAAUAAGACUUGUUUAACGUCUCAUAGAGUGGAAACCGACUUUAAGACGUGGCGUACAGUUUAAAGGGACCUUUUUUUGAAGUUGUACUGAAAGAGACAGAUAUCUCAUAUUCUUGGAACGAUGUCUGAAACCAUAGUAACGUUCCAGUCGCAGCUCUCGGGUGUCAUGGAGACGGUGUUCAAAGCCGCCAUGUAUGAGAUCACCCGGCUGGUGGAGGACAGCUUCCUGGAGGAGGUGAGCCGCUGCAGGGAGCAGGUCGAGGCCCUGAAGAGGAGGCUCAAGUGGUCGGAGAGUCGCCGGAAAGAGAGAGAGGAGGACCGGAGGAGGUGUCUGGACUGUGGGAGAACCGGAGAGGAUCCCAACAACCCCAGAGACAUAGAGAAAAGUCUUAAACAGGAGAGUAUGCUGCAAGAAGAAGAUAUAAACAGUUCCCAAGACACUGAUGGAGAGACACCUUGUCAUGAAGCAGAAGACACAAGACCAGAGACCAACAGGGGCAUGAAGACCACACAGUCUCCAGGUGUUCAGGGUGAAAAGCUGGACAGACUGCUGAAGGAGGAGGCCCUUCGGAUCACUCCAAAAACUAACGAGUCCCAAGAGAGAUGGGGAGUCAAUAUGGACGAAACAUCGACAUCAGGUCUGCCGGGGCCCAGCAAACGUUUCAGUGACCAGAAGCUCCCAAAGUGCCACAUUAACUGGGACGCCGGCUUCGACCAGAGGCCAGAAUCAGGACAAGGAACCCACUCAGCCAACACAUCUGAACCUCUUUUCCAGAACAGGUACGGUAUGGAAGAUCUGGGAGGAUUUGACAAGACUGGCUACGGAGACUCCACUGUGAUAGACAUGGGCAACUUGGAUGGGUUACAAGGGUCACCGUCCCACCUGGGGGAGGAUCUGAGUUACAUGGGGCACUACGAGGGGGAAGCAGCAGCAGAAGGAGCCGGGCAUCAAGUUUACCAAGUGGGAGCCGCACGGAACAGAAGAGGCGCGGUUGGUUCACCCGUAGGGUCUCCCUCAAGGACUAACGUUGAUGUAAGUGGAGAGCUCAGCUGUUUAUUGAUCAAUGAAGAAGGGUAUCUACAGGACCCCAGUAUCCUGUACCCUGAACAUGUGUCUGGUGAUGCAGGCGGCAGGUUGAACUUCAGGGGCCAGGGCAUAGAAAACACAGAGGAUAUGUAUGGGCCCUCAGACGCUUACAGUGCUAGCUUAAACCUGGGAGAGAGGCUGCAGCAUCAGGUUGGAGGGAGAGCAGGAAGGAGGCACUCCUGUAACCAGUGCUCCAUGUCCUUCCCUGAUCCGGCUUCACUAAAAGCCCACAAGCAGACACACAAAGGCACCGGACAAGUGCCACCGUACUCCUGCACCCAGUGCGGGAAAACCUUCACUCAAGCUUGUAACCUCAAAGUCCACCAGAGGAUCCACUCAGGGCAGGGGCUCCACCUCUGCAGCCACUGCGGGAAAGGUUUCCCUUCGUUCUCCGACCUAAAGACACACAAGUGCGGCCAGACGGGCGACAAACCAUACUGCUGCACCGUGUGCGGGAACAAGUUCAGCCGCCUCUGGAACCUGAAAUUGCACCGGAGAAUUCACACGCAGGAAAAACCGCACCGGUGCACCAUGUGCGAUAAGAGCUUCACGCGGGCGGACAUACUGAAGGUUCACCAGCGCACACACACAGGGGAGAGACCGUACUGCUGCACCGUGUGUGGCCUCAGCUUCAAACGGCUCGAUCAUCUGAAGUCACACCAACGCAAACACAUGACAGAUCUAUAGGUUAGAGGUCUGGUGAUCAGAGGAUUUAAGAUUGUUUAUUAUAUAACAACAUUGGUAACAGUUUCUAUGGUGUCCAUGUCUACAAUGCAUUAUAAACAUAAUUAUAAUGUGUUACAAUCUGCGUAUAUCACUGUAUAAUUAUAGUUAUAAGCACUAA